AUGCACUUCAGCCUAGCUCUCUCGCUGCUCGCUUUGUUUUCGUGGCCGACUGUCGUGCUUUCGGCUUCAGAUAUCUACUACUGUGCUUCGGUCAAUACCGGGGCUUCAAAUGCCGCAAAUAGCAGUACUUUUCAAUCGAACGGCCUUUGUAUAGAUCAUUGCACCGGAAAAUGGGCCUUCGGGAUCCUUCAAGGCAAGCAGUGCUGGUGCUCCAAUAUCGCCCCGAAUAAAGCGACUACUGUGGACGAUAAGAAAUGCGACACCGGCUGCCCAGGUUAUCCAGAUGACAGUUGCGGAGACGCGUCCAAGGGACUCUUUGCCUAUCUAGAGAUGUCUGGCCAAAUGCCAACCGGUACAGCAACUGCGCCCAAGACAGCAACAAGCACUACCGAGAAAGAAACCUCGACAAAAUCCGACAGCUCAACCACCACUACUUCGGGCACGUCUACCACCACCACCGGGCAUCAUACCGUUGCUGUCGAAACCAAUGCUGGCGGCGAAAUAAAAACCAUCACAGUAGGAGGCGCUGGCCCGACUUCAACGCCGACGCCGACCUCCUCCGAUGACGAUGACGACGGCUCAGGCCUUGCGGGAGGGACUAUAGCCGGCGUCGUCGUGGGCUCUGUCGGUGGUUGCGCUGCCAUCGUGGCAUUGAUUUUCAUGGUCCUCCUAGCAAAGCGUCGAUCGCGAUCGCCCAGUCCUGAUCCCAGCGUUCAAAACAUAUUGCUGGAUGGAAGAGCAAGCAAGGGCUCGCAAAUGAGUUUCAUGAAGGGCAUGUUCUCGGACAAUCACAGCCACACCUUGUCUGCUGGUUCAUCGAUAGCGCCCCGUAUGCCACCCGCAGCAUACACCGACAACCGCAUGAAAGAUGCGUCGAUUUGGCCCACUGGCCGUCGCAACAGUAGCGUGUCACUUGCCGAUGAUCAAGAUUAUUCGCGACCAGUCUUACGGUUGACGAAUCCCGACUGA